AUGGCAGGACUGAAUUACAGUCUAAUAUUUGCUGACUUUACUACACGCAACAACGCUCUGAUAGAAGAAAUGUAUUACCAGGAGCCGUACUCAACCUGGCAAGAUUCCUACAACUGCUCAGUAGGAGCCUCGUGCUGUUCCUUCUUAGGUUGCCGAUCUUCUCACCUGCAAUUGACAUUGUCAGUGGCAAAAGGUUUGGUCUUAUCCUGCAUGGCUCUUCUCACGAUUGCAGGAAACACCUUGGUCUUACUUGCUGUCUUCAUGUCGCGAAGUUUGCGUUCGUCGACCCACUACCUGAUCGUCAAUCUGGCGGUUGCCGACCUACUACUAGGGAUCGCGGUUCUACCUUUCAGCAUCGUCUUGGAGGUCUCUGGGUCUUGGAUGUUCGGAGCGAUUUUCUGCGAUGUCUGGGCAGCUGUCGACGUUCUUUGCUGCACUGCUUCAAUAUGGUCAUUAUGCGUGAUAUCCAUCGACAGAUACGUUGGUGUUACCAGACCGUUGGGGUAUAACGCCAUCGUCACCAAGCGGAGAGUUGGAGUUCUCAUGGCAGGCGUUUGGGCUCUCAGUGUAGCCGUGUCGAUUGUUCCCAUGUUUGGGUGGCAAACUCCUCCUUCAUCGGACCCUUACGUCUGCACCCUAAACACACAAACAGCCUACGUGAUAUUCUCAGUUGUAGUAUCAUUUUACUUGCCAGGUUUCUGUAUUGUUUUACUUUACUGGCGGAUAUUCCGAACUGCAUGUCGCCAAAGCAGAUUUUUGGAAAGUGGAACAAAGACCACAGGCGCUUCGGUUACUCUACGCAUUCACAAAGGUGGGCCACAACGGCAGGACUCCACCAAGAUGAACCUUAGGGUGAACAGAUGUGGAUCUCUACCCAGCAGCACCCACAAUCUCGCAGUCGCAGGGUCUCAUUUAGAUGCUAUUAGAAGAAGUAGUGAUAACUGCAUCAGUCCCUCUUCAGAUGCAGUGAAUUUUAGGGCCGGACAAAGACCAGAGCGCACAUCCUCACAGCUAGAAGUUCACACCCGAGGAUUACAAGCAAAUAACCACUGGCAAAAGAAGGCUCGGAUGAGUAACUACCUACAGAUAGGCUCCAGGUGGCAUAGUAGGAACACGUUGCAUAGUUUCACCAGUUGGCACAGUGCCACUACCAGUAGAUGUUCAAGCAUCAGUUCUACAGAUACUCGCAUGGGUGCCACAGUUGCUGUACACACAGGCAGGAUGGCUAAGUUUCAUCGACAGCAGAAAGCAGCCAAGACGCUUGGCAUCGUCGUGGGAGUCUUCCUCCUAUGUUGGUUCCCCUUCUUCUUCACGUUGCCGCUGGGUGAGUAG